GCGAGGUUUCCCGGCGGGUCCCGGCCUCGCGCGCGCACGUGCCUGCUCGCGCUCGCGGUCCUGGCGCUGCCGGAAAGGAAUAAUGCUGUCAGCAUGUCUGCACACUCCAUGCUCUGUGAACGAAUCGCCAUAGCCAAGGAACUGAUCAAGAGAGCAGAAUCACUUUCUAGAUCAAGAAAAGGUGGCAUAGAAGGUGGUGCAAAGCUGUGCAGCAAAUUGAAGGCAGAAUUAAAAUUCCUGCAGAAAGUAGAAGCCGGGAAAGUAGCUAUUAAGGAAUCCCAUUUACAGAGCACUAAUCUGACACACCUAAGAGCCAUUGUGGAAUCAGCAGAAAACCUGGAAGAAGUUGUUAGUGUUCUUCAUGUCUUUGGUUACACAGAUACCUUGGGAGAAAAGCAGACCCUUGUGGUGGAUGUAGUUGCAAAUGGUGGUCAUACUUGGGUGAAAGCCAUUGGCCGAAAGGCUGAAGCUCUCCAUAACAUUUGGCUGGGCAGGGGCCAGUAUGGUGACAAAAGUAUCAUUGAACAGGCUGAAGACUUCCUCCAGGCCAGUCACCAGCAGCCUGUGCAGUAUAGCAACCCUCACAUCAUCUUUGCAUUUUACAACAGCGUCUCCAGCCCCAUGGCAGAGAAGCUCAAAGAAAUGGGCAUUUCUGUGAGAGGAGACAUAGUGGCAGUUAACUCUCUGUUAGAUCACCCUGAAGAGCUCCAGCCGAGUGAGAGUGAGUCGGAUGACGAGGGCCCUGAACUUUUGCAGGUGACCAGAGUGGACCGAGAAAAUAUCCUAGCAAGUGUUGCGUUUCCAACGGAAAUUAAGGUCGAUGUGUGCAAAAGAAUAAAUCUGGACAUUACUACUUUAAUCACAUAUGUAUCUGCCCUCAGCUAUGGAGGCUGCCACUUUAUCUUCAAAGAGAAAGUGCUUACGGAACAAGCAGAGCAAGAGAGGAAAGAGCAGGUUUUACCACAGCUGGAGGCAUUUAUGAAGGACAAGGAGUUGUUUGCUUGUGAAUCUGCUGUCAAGGACUUUCAGUCUAUUCUAGAUACCUUAGGAGGACCUGGGGAGAGAGAGAGGGCCACUAUGCUAAUUAAACAAAUUAAUGUGGUGCCAGAUCAGCCUUCUGAGCGUGCCUUGAGACUAGUGGCCAGUUCAAAAAUCAAUAGCCGCUCAUUAACAAUUUUUGGGACGGGAGACACUCUAAAAGCCAUCACCAUGACUGCCAAUAGUGGUUUUGUCAGAGCUGCCAACAACCAGGGUGUUAAGUUUAGUGUGUUUAUCCAUCAGCCCAGAGCACUUACUGAGAGCAAAGAGGCUCUAGCCACCCCCUUACCAAAAGACUACACAACUGACAAUGAACACUAAUGGUAUCCUUUAAAUAUUGUCAUGGAAAACCAAAGGCUGGGUCCUCCCAUCUUAAAUGGGGAGGGGGAAAAAGGUCUAUAGUAAAAAUAAUACUUAGAACUCUUAAACCAGUAGAGUUGAUUGUGUGUGUCAUCUAUAAAAUAUAUAACCUAAAGUAGAAAAAGCACAAGAGACAAGCUUAUUUAUCAAACUGCCUACAUUACAGCGAUUAAGAACAGAACUACAUCUAUAUAAAGCUUUUAGCUGUGUUGCAGUACUUUUAUUUGAUUCAGUAGGGCAGCAACCCCCUAGUGGUAAUCAGCAUUUCAUGGGGUAGGGCUACACUGCGUCUCGCAUUAAAUAUCUGGAGAAAACUGAAGCUUGUUUUUCGUUAUAUUGGUUCAUCUGUUCAUGUGGGUCGAGGCUGGGAAAUUUAUAAUUAGUUUUUGGUUAUAAAGUUAUGGCCGUUAUUAAUGAAAAGAAACUUUCUUGAUUGCUAUACGUCAGGCAUACUCUGGUGGGUGCGUUUACGAAGAGUACGUUAAUAUAGAAGAAAAUAAAGUGAAUACUGGUCAUGUGAGUCCCAUGAACCUAUGUAUACACCUUUGUGAAAAGAAAGAGCAGUCCCAUUACUAUACACCUGGGACGUUUAAUGUAAAAUAUUUGAAUAAAUUGUAAAAGAAUUAGAGAAAACAUUUGAAAGGAAUUCAAAUUUUACUUUUAAGUACAAAUGGGACUUUUAAGUACAAAAGGGACUUGCCAAAAGUCCCUUAUGGCAAGGAUUUGACUUACAAAUACUGCCUUUACUCUUCCUUUUGCAAGUGGCAGGUAACAACUUGACAACUGCAUUACUUCACUCUGUGAAAUGGUGGUAGGAGGUUCCAUGCCUGUUGCAUGACACAAAUCGUAAUGAAAAAUAAAUUUUUA